CACACACACCCACCCCCCCCCCCCCACACACACACACACACCCACACACACACACACACACACACACACGCUGACUGUUGGCGCUGCAGGAAUCUUCUAGAACUUCCUCCUGACUUUAGUUUUUUCUUCUGUUCUGGUUUCAUUUCUCCUUCAUUUUGCAGUUAAAACAAAGAAUUACCAUAAAAUCUACGUUUUUUCUCCGUUUCUCACUAAAAGUUAUUUUUCUCACCAAAACAAAAAUGAUUGUUGGAACAAAAACAAAGUAAAGAUUUUAAUAAAAAUUAUUAUUUCAAAAAGUGAAACUUUUCAGUUAAAAAUAACAAACGAAGACGAAGCAGCAGAGGAAGAUGACAGAUGGACCGAGAAGGACAGGAAGUGCUGCAGCUUCGUCAGCGUUGGUGAUGCAUGGCUGCACAGUGUGUGUGUGUGUGUGUGUGUGUGUGUUUCUCUUUCGUGAGAAACGUCAGGACGGACAGACGGACAGACUGUCCCAAUCUGAGGAACGGGACUUGGGGGGGACAGAGGACCCCAUUGUUCAUCUUCUACUGAAAAGUGUUUUUGCUCUUUUGGAUUCAAAGGAUCCAGUGUGGACACACACACUGAACCAGAACCAGAACCGGGCCUUUUGUGUCGCCAGCAGCUGCAGUUUGUCCUUUUCUGCAGCUGGAGGACGUUUCAGUCCUCAGAGACAAACAGCUGCUGAUGUGACGGAUUAAAACCAGCAGCAACAAAAUCCUAAUCUGCUGCUUCUGCAUAAUCCCAGACGUCAGAGUCCAGCUUGCAGGCCGGAUUCCUGCUGCUGGAUUGGGUCAGCGUCCUUCCUGAUGUGAUGACUCUGCUCUCCUUCCUGUCGCUCUGCAUCUUCGUUUCUGUCCGCUCCGUCUUUUCUCCGCCUCCUGCUGCUCUGGUGGGUCCGAAUCGCUCAGCGUUACAGAACCAACCCAACCGAACCAACCCAACGGAACCAACCCAAUAGAACCAACCCAACGGAACCAGCCCAACGGAACCAACCCAACAAAUCACUGGAACAAGAAAAUACCAGAAACAGUCAAAAUUCUCCGUCCACAGCGGCGGCCAUCUUGGAUUGAGUCAGAGAAUCCGAACCGAACUCUCAACUCCCGUUUAAAAAACGUGUUUGAACUUUUAUUAUCAGCCUCAUUUUACUGCAGUGGAGACCAAAAGUUUACAUACACCAGGGAAAAGAAUCAUGCAGCUUUUUUAUGUGGCUGUCUGAAGUUAACUCAGAGCAAACGUCUCUUGUUCCAGGUCAGCAAGAAUCACCAGGGUUAUUUCUACGUGCCAAAAGCCAAAUAAUGACAGAAAUGAUCUGUUAUUGAUUGUUUAAAAUCUUUAAGGUCAAAAGUUUUCAUACGUUUCCUCAGGAUCAGGACAGCCGUCUUUAAAACUUUGUGGCGGACAUCAUCCAUCUGCAGCUUUAACUUCCUGGAUCUGGAUCUGGAUCUGGAGCUCGUCUCCUUCCUGAGUGUGACGGUUUCCCAUCCUCUCUUUAACGUCAUGAAAUUGUUUGAACAGAUGACGGCGGCGCCUCCCGGCGUCGGCGGAUCAUCGCAGGAUGAACCAGAAUCACGCAGCUCCUGAUUCUCUUCCUGAUUUCUGCUGUUUCUGAAAGGAAAAUUGUCUUUAAGCAUUUCAUGUUGAGGACAAACAGCAGUAUGGUGGAGAUUCAUGCGAAGCAGCAGCUCCGCCUCAGGCGCGUGCACACACACACACACACACACACAUACACACACACACACACACACACACACACACACCAGCAGACCCCUGAUAAACUCCAGCAGCCGAUGCUGACCUUCAGUUUCUGCUCUGAUGUUCUUUUUACUUCCUAAAUGAGUCACUUAAAUGAUUUAUUUCCUCUGCUGCUUUUAUUUCUCGGGGAUGUGGAGUCGUGAGAUUUUACACCUGUGACCUCUCUGACCUCCAGAUUUGAAGCUUUUUGCUGCUCUCGCUUUGUGACAGCUUCCUGUUGAGCCUGAUGAAUCCUGCAGCCAAACUCCAGUUUUUUCCCGUGUUUGCCGCAGAGCGUCGUGAAUAAUCUGGGUUUUUGGUACCGGAGGCCUGCUGCCGUCUGUGUCUCUGCCGUGAAGUGAUGAAUGUCUUUGGUCGACCUCCGGCAGCUGGAGCUGCAGCCUGUAAUUAACACCAACAAUCCUGACAGGCGAAGGAGAUGAUUGCAGCAGAGAUGAAGCUGAAGCACCAGCAGUAGCUGUUUCCUGUGGAAGCAGGAAGUAUUUAUAGAUGCACCUUUUGCCUCCGGUCUGUUCGGCUGCGGAUCUGACAGGCAGAUAACCUGAAAACCGGAGAAUCUGGCCUCAGAUCAGCCGUCGCUCCGGGUUGAAACGUGAACCUGUGAGCCGCAGCUGAACUGCCGGAGCAGCAGGAAGCUGCUUCGGUUUGAGUUGGAAUCAGGGUUAAAGGUCAAGAAUCUGAUGGAGGAGGAAAGCUAACAGAUUUUUUGCUUUGUUUUAUUAGUUAAAUUGUUGCAUUUCUAUGUUUAUGUGGGAUAAAGUUGUUUGCCGUUGGUCAGCUGAUGUUCAGAAGUUGAUUCAUCUCAGAAACCCGAUUUCUACAAAAAUCAGCCAGAAUGUGGAUCCAUCAUACAGUCUUCGUUCUGCUUGGGUCGUCUGUAAGGUCACAGACGUCUCAGACGGCCUAUCCAAAGUCUUGCUGCGAUAUUGAACGUUCUUCAUUAAGUCUUGGUUCUGUUUUAGGAAGGACUUGGAUGAUCAGUUGGACGUCAACCCCAAGUUUUAUUGUGAUCCUGUUUGGUCUUUAUCGGGUCUCAGAUGGUCCGACUAAAGUCUUACUCGGGUCUCGGAUCUUCAAGCUUCACAGUUUGUGGGUCAGAACCUUCUCUGAUGGAGGAAAUGAUUUGGCUGAAAUCUGUUGCGUUUCCUUCGGUGUUUCUGCAGCGCAGCAAAACUCAGCUGCAGCGAUCGAUGCUUCCUCACCUCACAGGCAGGAACAGGUUUAGAAACAUUCGUGAUGCUGCUGGUCAAAUGAACAACUGAUGAAUAAAAACAGUCAAUAAGUGAAACGGUCAGUUGGUCGAUAUGAAACGAUGAUGAAUAAACAGUUUUCUAUAUAAUUUUGCUCCUAAUAUUCUCUUUUCCUCCUUUUCCUCUGCAGCUAACCUUUGACCUCUUCUUGUUCUCUCCCCUCAUCUCCAUCUUGCGAUCGUUUUCCUGUCUGUCCUCCAUCGUUCUUCCCCUUCAUGCUCCUCUGCUCUUCAACAGCCUGAGAUUUAAACCAAACACAUUUAAAGGUUUUAUCAGCGUUGAUCUGAUCUGGAGUUUGUUUCCUGUCUCCUCCCCCCCCCCCCCCCCCUCCAUCUCGUUAUUUAAAAUGAAAACCUCCCAUUGCCCCCAUUCCCCGCCCCCCAUACCCCUCAUGCCCCGCACCCCAUGCCCCGCCCCCUGAGGUGAAAGUUCAGGGUAGCACAUCUUUGGUUGAGAGCGCUGCUGAGGCCUCAGUGGAAACUGCGAGAUGCAGUUUGAGACAGAAACGUUUGGAGCUCCAGCCGGCCUGUGCGGCGGCGCCUGCGUGGAGGUGGACUCGGACACGGAGGCCGUGGCCAACGAGGGCUUCAAGCUGGGCUGCAUCUCCUGCAAGAUGAGAGCCGAGGUGCCGGCCAAAGCCGUCGUCACCUGGUUCUUCAGGAGCUCCGACGACCAAGACUUCUCUCCGCUCUAUGAGUACGAAGAGAAAAGAGGCGACAUUCUCGACUCGCGUUUCGAGGAGCGUCUGGGCUGGAACGGCAGCAAAAACACGGAGGACCUGCAGGACGGAUCCAUCUACAUCCUGAACGUGACCUUCAACGACACGGGGACCUACACGUGCACCUUCAAGAGAACCCUCAUUUACACCAACUAUAACUUUGAGAACAGCACCACCAAGCUGAUCCACCUCCACGUGGUUCCAAAACUAACCAGAGGCAUGGCGUCCAUCCUGUCCGAGGUCAUGAUGUACGUCUCCAUCAUCGGGCUUCAGUUCUGGCUGGUGGUGGAGAUGAUCUACUGCUACAGGAAGAUCUCAGCGGCCGGCGAGGAGGCGCUGAGGGAGACCGAGGCCGAGUAUUUAGCCGUCGCUUCAGAGAGUAAAGAAAACUGCGGUGCCGUCCAGGAGGCAGAAUGACCCGGUUGAUGGAGAGUCCAAGGCGACGUCCCUGAGGAACUCCGCCUGCCUCUCGUCUCUCCUCGUGAUGGAAACCAUGGAAGCCAUGAGCGCCGGCAGGACUCAGAGAAGACGAGAGCGGAGCCGCUGUAAAUACGCUUCAACUCCAGACCGCCUCCCACUGCAUGCUGACCAACAGCCAGUCCUUCCUCCUCAGGUCUAACUCACCGUUUGCAUUUAAAGAUGACAUUUUAAAAAGAAAAACAGCAACAAAUAAGUCUAAAAAAAAUCCUUUAAGAACUGCAGCAGCUCACUGCCAACUGUUAAAGUAGCUGAAGUUUUUCCCCGUUUGGAUUUUUUCUUCCAAAACCUGCAGAAAAAGAGAAAAACAAACAUUAUUCAUCAGUUAUGUAUCAAAACAAAACUGGCGUCAUGUUUCACGCCUCUGCAUGUUGUUUAAUCAGAGACUCAACAGCGCUGCAGCAGCGCCACCCAGUGGACCAAAAGAGAAACGACACGUUUCACCUGGAUGCUCAGAGGUUUACUUAUCAAAUGAAUCAAUAAAUUAAAGUCCAGGGGCCUCAGUCUUCACAUAUCACAGCUGAAUAUUCUGCAGAAUAUCAAACUGUGGACAUUCUGUCAGUAACCUGCAUUAUUACAGCUGAAACAUUUUAAUUGUGAAUGUUUACUAACCUGGACCUGGAGGAAAACGGGCCGAUGUGGGAUCUGCUGCUCCGGCAGCGAGGAGAUGAAGCCAUGAAGAGUUUAACAUCCAGCAGACUCAGGUCUUCCUCCAUGCAACUCUGGGACCAAAUUAGGCUUAAAAUGAUCUAUUAAAAGGUGCUUUGACCAGUAAAAAGUCGGUAAAUAUUCAAAUAUACCUUGCAGUCGGCAUAUUUGGACAGUUUUUAGUCUUUUUUCGACUGCAUGACUCUCCAGAAGUGCUUUAAGAAGUGAACUCAAAGCCGAUUUCUGCCUUCCACCGAUUAUAAUCUGCAAUCAACCGUUAGAGUAAAAUAGCUCAAAGCUCCAGCUGAAGCCUCACGCUGCUGCAGCUCAUGAAGUUUAUUUCUAAUAUAUUAAUGAAGUGAACUGAAUGUCCAGCGUCUUUCUGAGCAGAAUCAGAACUAAAACCCUGAAGAACAUUUACAUUCAGUCCAAAAGUUUCAACUUAACGAAGGAAUAACUUACAUUUUAUUUAAUGUUAAUUUGUUUGUAACCGACAGAAAACUGAAGCAGAUCAAACCAAAUCUGUCUGAAAAAAGACAGAAAAUCUGAAUUUUUCACAUUUAAAUCUCAAAUUUCCCUUUUUUUAAACACGUCUGCUAAUCAGUUUUUCUUCCCAUUUAAAUUUGACUGAAUUGAACUGGAAAUCUGCUGGUGGUUCUGUAGACGGAUUCCCAUGAGACCAGAACCGGUCAGGAGUUCUGGGAGCUCACAGAGCGACAAUCAGACCCAGAAACGCAGAAAACAGGAAGUUUAGGCGCGGAGCCGAGAAGGAAGCUGCAGCUCAAAGCGAGACUUCCUGAGUUACACCUGCAGUCUCACUGCCUUGCAGCAAACGCUCCAUGACACCAACAAUCAGAAAAGGUCAGAGGUGAAGCCUGGUUUUCAGGUUGGAUAAAGUUCUGGCACUUAAAGGCUUCUGUAGAAAUUGACUUGAUCUUCCUGUUAAAACUUUCUCCACCAGCAGCGUUUUAAUCCAGAUUAGGUGAAGUCUGGAAAAGGGGGCGGAGUUUAAUUGGGUGAUUUUAGAAGUAAUCAGUGAUCAUUUGUUGUUAUGCAUGAGAUUGUUACUAUGGUUACACAGCAAUUAGAUAAUCCAGAUUAUUUGCACUUUUACAAAGUAAAACUUUCCAAUUUCAAAUCUGAUAUCUAAAUUAAAAUCUCUUCAUGUACUCGCGCUGAAACAGUUUUAUUUUUAAUAAAAAUUUUAAAAUGUAGAGUUUUGUGACGUGGGGCCAGCUUAUGCCUCGGGCCGGCUCUGCUAGCUUUCCAUAUUUGAAACUUGAGCUCCAGCAGCUUCUUCCUGCCUCCAGUGAACACUAGGGGGCAGCAGAGCGCUGCUCCUCUAACAGAACACCAAGCUGGACAGAACCCAGCUAAGCUGCUCCGCUUCCGGUUCUGCUGCAUGGAAACAAGAAAGCCGCAGAUUGGCUGCAUGUGUCGCCAUGGAAACGUCAGUCCCAACAAUAAAAACAUAAAUAAAAGUUUCUCAGUCGG